GUACGGUGUACAUAUGUACAUACAUGUACAUCGUCGAUGAAUGUGUGUCAAAGUAUUUGUGUGCAUUUCUCGUAUGCCGGUGGACACGUUCUAACCUAACAUUCUGGAAAAAUUUCAUCACUUUAAAUCUAGUUAUUAUAACUGUAACAGUAUACUGUUCAAUAAAGAAUUGUUUAACAGAAAAUCACUGAUUAACGAUUUCAACAAUGAGUCUUAAGCUUACUGCUAAUACUCAGGAUCCCCCAAUUGGAUCUUUGAUCGUGACUGAAUUAUUAUCAGAACAUAAGAAGAUAAAUAUAAAUAUAGAAUACCCCAAACCAUGGAAGUUAGCUUGUAAUGUGCAGCUGUUAAUGAAUGAUCAAGUUAUUUGUGAUGAUGAUUGCAACGUUGGACGUUAUUUAGCCAGAACUAGUGACAACAAUUUAUAUGGUGGAAAUGAAAUUACAGAUAGAACUCAAGUGGAUAGUUGGUUAUCUUUAAGUAAUGAAUCUCUGAGAAAUUUUGAGUUUAAUGCUAACUCUUUAAAAUAUUUAAAUGAUGCAUUAACAACGAAAACAUGGCUGGUAGCUAAAAAAUUAACUUUAGCUGAUAUUUAUACAUUUUCAGCACUGUUCAAAAUGAAUUAUGCCAAUGAUACUGAAUAUAUUCAUUUGAAUCGUUGGUAUAAACAAAUGAAAUCCCAUCCUAUCGUGGAAAAAGUAAUUAAUAUUGUGAAUAUAUUUUCAACAAGUAAAAAAACUGAGAAGAAAAAUAAUCAAACACAAAAGCCAAAAGAAAAAUCAAAUGCAUCUACCGGUAGAAAACAAGAAGGAAAGUUUGAAGAACUAGAGGGAGCAGAAAUGGGAAAAGUUGUUGUACGUUUUCCACCGGAAGCUUCUGGAUAUUUACAUAUUGGACAUGCUAAAGCGGCUUUAUUAAAUCAGUACUAUGCUGAUAAAUUUAAAGGACAAUUAAUUAUGAGGUUUGAUGAUACAAAUCCCGCCAAAGAGUCUGUAGAAUUUGAACAAGAGAUCCUAGAGGACUUAAAGCUGUUAGAAAUUAAACCAGAUCGCUUUACCCAUACUUCGGAUUAUUUUGAUCUAAUGUUAGACUACUGUGAAAAAUUAAUUAAAGAAGGAAAAGCAUUUGUCGAUGAUACUCCGGCACUGACGAUGAAAGAACAACGUGAGCAAAAACUUCCAAGUACCAAUCGUGACAAUUCGGUGGAAAAAAAUUUAGAAUUGUGGGAAGAAAUGAAGAAAGGCAGUGCAAAGGGUCAAGAAUGCUGUGUACGAGCUAAAAUUGACUAUCAAUCUGUCAAUGGGUGCAUGCGAGAUCCAACAAUCUAUCGUUGUAAACCCGAACCGCAUCCUAAAACAGAUAGAAAAUAUAAUGUAUAUCCUACUUACGAUUUCGCUUGUCCAAUAGUUGAUGCAAUUGAAAACGUAACACAUACUUUACGUACAACUGAAUAUCAUGAUCGUGAUCCUCAAUUUUAUUGGUUUAUAGAAGCUCUAGGAUUACGCCGUCCUUAUAUUUGGGAAUACUCGCGCUUAAAUAUGACCCAUACAGUCUUAUCAAAGCGGAAAUUAACAUGGUUUGUGGAAAAUGGAUUAGUUUCUGGUUGGGAUGAUCCUCGAUUACCUACUGUAAGAGGAAUUUUACGACAUGGGUUAACUGUAGAAGGAUUAAAACAAUUUAUCAUUUCUCAAGGAAGUUCCAAAGCUGUUGUCUUUAUGGAAUGGGAUAAAAUAUGGGCUUUUAACAAAAAAAUUAUUGAUCCAAUUGCUAUUCGUUACACUGCAUUAAAUGAAGAUGAUUUAGUUGUAGUAAAUGUUAAAGGAGCAAAAAGAGAUUUCAUAGAUGCACAAAAUCAUCCAAAAGAUCCUACAAAAGGAACUAAAAAAGUAUUAAUAAACAAAAAAAUUUUUAUUGAAAGAGUUGAUGCUGAAACUCUUAAAGUUAAAGAAAAUGCUACUUUCAUCAAUUGGGGAAAUUUGAUGAUUACCAAUAUUAAAAGAGACAAUGGAAAAAUUGUUGACAUUGACGCUGAUUUGAAUCUCGACAAUAAAGAUUUUAAAAAUACAGUGAAAUUAACAUGGUUAGCAGUUGAUGAUGAAGAUAAAGAAAAUGAAGAUUCCAGUUUUAUUCCCUGUGUUGCAGUUUAUUUUGAUCAUAUCAUCACCAAACCAUUGUUAGCGAAAGACGAUGAUUUCAAAGACUUCGUAGCUAAAGAUACUAGGAAAGAGGUCAAAUUGUUAGGAGAAGCAGAAUUAAAAAGGGUGAAGAAAGGAGAAAUUAUUCAACUCCAAAGAAAAGGAUUUUUCCGAUGUGACGUUCCCUAUGCUCCAAUGAGCGACUUGACGUCUCGAGUGCGUCCAUUAAUACUUUUCUUUGUACCAGAUGGUCACGUUACAACUUCUACAUCAUCAACAACGGCUACAACCAAAGAAGUUGAUAAUAAAUCACAGAAAGUGACUACUUCUAAAGAAAAUUCGGAGAAAGUUGCAUCAUUGACAGAUUCUAAUUUACUAUCUGAAAAAAUAAAAGAUCAAGGAAAUAAAGUAAGACAAUUGAAAAGUGAUAAAGCGGACAAAAAAUUAAUUGACGCUGAGGUAAAAACAUUGUUAUCACUUAAGAGUGAGUUCAAAAGUUUAACUGGUGUUGAUUGGAAGCCGGAUAUUGAAAUAAAACCAACAGCAAUGACGAACGAGACCGCAGAAAUAUUAAAUCAAAAGAUUACAGAUCAAGGUAAUAAGGUACGUCAAUUAAAAUCUGAGAAAGCUGAUAAAGCUAAAAUUGAUACUGAAGUAAAGGUUUUAUUAUCACUGAAAAAUGAUUAUAAAACAUUAACGGGUCAAGAAUGGAAACCAGCAGCAGCAGAAGCAGAUAAAGGGAAAAAAUCUAAAGCAGCGGAACCAGCGAAGAAACAAAAAGUAAAAGAAGAAAAGAAAGAAAAACCUAAAGAAACAGCCGACAAUUUAAAAACAGGUACAAGACUAGGUUUAGAAGCUAAGAAAAGUGAGAAUUUAUCAGAUUGGUAUUCUCAGGUGAUAACUAAAGGUGAAAUGAUUGAGUACUAUGAUGUUUCCGGCUGCUAUAUACUACGUCCUUGGAGUUAUUCCAUAUGGGACGUUAUUAAAGACUUUUUCGAUUCUGAAAUAAAAAAGUUAGGUGUUCAAAAUUGCUAUUUUCCUAUUUUUGUGAGUAAAUCUGCUCUAGAACGUGAAAAAACACAUAUUGCUGAUUUCGCUCCAGAAGUUGCAUGGGUAACAAAAUCCGGAGAAUCAGAUUUAGCUGAACCAAUUGCAAUCCGACCUACUUCUGAAACUGUUAUGUAUCCUGCAUAUGCAAAAUGGCUUAAAUCGCAUCGAGAUUUACCUCUAAAAUUGAACCAAUGGAACAACGUUGUCCGCUGGGAGUUCAAACAUCCUCAACCAUUUUUAAGAACAAGAGAAUUUUUAUGGCAAGAAGGGCAUUCAGCAUUUUUAAAUAAAGCCGAAGCUGAUGAGGAAGUUCUCACAAUUUUAGAGCUUUAUGCAAGGAUUUAUGAAGAGUUACUAGCCAUCCCAGUAGUUAGAGGUCGAAAAACUGAAAAAGAAAAAUUUGCUGGUGGUGAUUACACUACAACUGUUGAAGCCUUUAUUUCAGCAAGUGGAAGAGGAAUUCAAGGUGCUACAAGUCAUCAUUUGGGCCAAAAUUUCUCAAAAAUGUUUGAUAUAAAAGUAGAAGGUGUUGUAGAAGGUAGUGAGAAAACUUUUGUUUAUCAAAACUCAUGGGGAAUUACCACAAGAACUAUUGGAGUGAUGGUAAUGGUUCAUGGAGAUGAUAAAGGAUUAGUUAUACCACCAAAAGUAGCUUCAGUUCAAGCAAUUAUUAUUCCAUGUGGAAUAACAGCAUCAACAACUACUGAAGAAAGAGACAAAUUAAUGUCUGAAUGUCUUAAACUUGAAAACGAACUGAAAAAAGAUGGAAUUAUUCGAGUUAAAGGAGAUUAUCGUGAUAACUAUAGUCCAGGAUGGAAAUUCAAUCAUUGGGAACUCAAAGGUGUUCCCUUGAGAAUCGAGUUAGGAUUCAAAGAUUUAGAAAAAUCACAAAUAACAUUAGUGAGAAGAGAUAACGGUCAACGAUUAACAGCUAAUCGUAAUCAUGCUCAUAACUUUAUUAUUGAUCUAUUGGACAAGGUACAGAAAAACAUGUUUGAUAAUGCGAAAUUAGAUUUAGACUCGCAUACCAAGAUCUGUAAAAACUGGAGUAAUUUCUGUGGAACAUUAGAUGACAAAAAUUUAAUAUUGGCUCCAUUCUGCGGGGAUAUGGAAUGUGAGGAUAUUAUUAAGAAAGAUAGUGCUAAGGAAGAUCCUGGUGAAGAGCCUGGUGCUGCUGCCAUGGGAGCUAAAAGCCUUUGUGUUCCAUUUAGUCAACCCAAAGAUGAAAAAUUGGAUAAUUUGAAAUGUAUACGUCCUGCUUGUGGUAAAAAGGUUCAAUUUUGGACUCUAUUUGGACGUAGCUAUUAAAACUCCAUUGAAAUAGUUGAAGGCUUAUAUUGUUAAAAUUUGCUAAGAACUUCUUCCAACUUCAAACUCUUUGUAUGUGAAUUAAAAGUUAAUUGACAUUUUUUUUGGAAGACUCGGAUUUUUGUUUGUAAUGAUAAUAUUCAUAUUUUUGGUAUGUAAACAAAUAACUUUGA